CAGGACCGGAGGAAAAGCCGGGCGCGCACCGACCGGGCGCAGGGCAGGAGGAGGAGCCGGGUGGCGCGGGGCGGGGCGGCGUCCGGCCCAGCCAUGGCGGACGAGGGCCCGCGGAAGGGCAGCGUCUCGGCGCUCAUGGGCCGCACCAACGGCCUCACCAAACCCGCAGCGUUGGCCGGGGGCCCUGCCAAACCGGGGGGCGCGGGCGGCUCCAGGAAGCUGGUCAUCAAGAACUUCCGAGACAGGCCGCGGCUGCCUGACAACUACACUCAGGACACGUGGCGGAAGCUGCACGAAGCGGUCAAGGCCAUCCAGAGUAGCACAUCCAUCAGAUACAACCUGGAGGAGCUGUACCAGGCUGUUGAAAAUCUUUGUUCUCACAAAGUCUCCCCGACGCUCUACAAGCAGCUGCGCCAGGUCUGUGAAGACCACGUCCAAGCCCAGAUCCUUCCAUUCAGAGAAGACUCACUAGACAGCGUUUUAUUUCUAAAGAAGAUUAACACAUGCUGGCAAGAUCACUGCAGACAAAUGAUCAUGAUCAGGAGCAUCUUCUUAUUUCUGGACCGCACCUAUGUCCUUCAGAAUUCCAUGCUGCCUUCUAUCUGGGACAUGGGCCUAGAGCUAUUUAGGAACCACAUCAUCAGUGACAGGAUGGUUCAGAGUAAAACCAUUGAUGGGAUCCUGCUGCUGAUUGAGCGUGAGCGAAGUGGUGAGGCGGUGGAUAGGAGCCUGCUUCGGAGUUUACUAAGCAUGCUCUCGGAUCUCCAGGUUUACAAAGAUUCAUUUGAACUCAAGUUCUUGGACGAGACUAACUGUCUGUACGCUGCAGAAGGCCAGAGGCUGAUGCAGGACAGGGAGGUUCCAGAAUACCUUAACCAUGUGAGUAAGCGUCUAGAAGAGGAAGCAGACCGAGUGAUCACUUAUCUAGACCACAGCACACAGAAACCACUGAUUGCCUGUGUGGAAAAGCAGCUAUUAGGAGAACAUUUGACAGCAAUUCUGCAGAAAGGGCUUGACCACCUGCUGGAUGAGAACAGGGUGCCUGACCUCACACAGAUGUACCAGCUGUUCAGCCGGGUGAAGGGUGGGCAACAUGCACUGCUGCAGCACUGGAGCGAGUACAUUAAGACCUUUGGGACAACGAUUGUCAUUAAUCCUGAGAAAGAUAAAGACAUGGUACAAGACCUAUUGGAUUUCAAGGACAAAGUGGACCAUGUGGUGGAGGUGUGCUUCCAGAGGAAUGAGCGCUUCAUCAACCUGAUGAAAGAGUCGUUUGAGACAUUUAUCAACAAGAGACCGAACAAGCCUGCAGAACUCAUCGCCAAGCAUGUGGAUUCAAAGUUACGAGCGGGCAACAAGGAAGCAACAGAUGAAGAGCUGGAACGGAUCUUGGACAAGAUUAUGAUACUGUUCCGGUUCAUCCAUGGUAAAGAUGUCUUUGAAGCAUUUUAUAAGAAAGAUUUGGCAAAAAGGCUGCUGGUGGGGAAGAGUGCAUCAGUGGAUGCUGAGAAGUCCAUGCUAUCAAAGCUUAAGCACGAGUGCGGGGCUGCCUUCACCAGCAAGCUGGAGGGCAUGUUCAAGGACAUGGAACUUUCCAAGGACAUCAUGGUUCACUUCAAGCAACAUAUGCAAAAUCAAAGUGCGCCUGGCCCAAUUGACCUCACAGUGAACAUACUUACCAUGGGCUACUGGCCUACUUACACACCCAUGGAAGUGCACCUCCCUCCAGAGAUGGUCAGACUUCAGGAAGUGUUCAAGACCUUCUACCUGGGCAAGCACAGUGGCCGGAAGCUCCAGUGGCAGACCACUUUGGGACAUGCUGUGUUGAAGGCAGAGUUUAAGGAGGGGAAGAAAGAGUUCCAGGUGUCCCUCUUCCAGACGUUGGUGCUGCUCAUGUUCAACGAGGGGGAUGGAUUCAGCUUUGAAGAAAUAAAAAUGGCCACAGGCAUAGAGGACAGUGAGCUGAGAAGAACACUGCAAUCCCUGGCCUGUGGUAAAGCAAGGGUUUUGAUUAAAAGUCCCAAAGGAAAAGAGGUAGAAGAUGGAGACAAGUUCAUUUUCAAUGGAGAAUUCAAACACAAGUUGUUCAGAAUAAAGAUCAAUCAAAUCCAGAUGAAGGAAACCGUUGAGGAACAAGUUAGCACCACAGAGAGAGUGUUCCAGGAUAGACAGUACCAGAUUGAUGCUGCUAUAGUCAGAAUAAUGAAGAUGAGGAAGACUCUUGGUCAUAAUCUUCUUGUUUCUGAAUUGUACAAUCAGCUGAAAUUUCCAGUGAAGCCUGGAGAUUUGAAAAAGAGAAUUGAAUCACUUAUAGACAGAGACUAUAUGGAACGAGACAAAGACAGUCCAAAUCAGUACCACUAUGUGGCGUGACAUGCCAGCAGACUGUCGUCUCCCUGUGAAACAAACACUAGAAUGCACCUGCGAAGCGUGAAAGCUGCUGUGCUGUUACCAGGUCCUACAGCUGCCCCCACUGUGGACACUUGGAUUCGAAGGAGAGGAGAUGGUUCUUGGAUCAUCCUUCCCAGGGCGCAAGGACUUUUAGAUAAUGCACAUCUUUUUCCCUCCACUUUUUUCCCCUAGUUCUUUUAGGCAUUUAAAUUGUUUCUGUUACUCUCUUUGAGAUUGGACACACCAAUAUUAGUUGAGAAGUUCCUUCACAAGUUCUUGUUCCUGUGUCAGAAAACCACAGGCUUAAUUGGAGUGUGUGUGUGUGUGUGUGCGCGUGUGUGUGUGUGUGUGUGUGUGUAUGUGAGAGAUUGUGGGGCACAGCGGAAAUACCCUAGAUGCUGCAUUCUCUCCCAGACGAGUGCUCAGAGUGGGAGCCCUGGGCUGGUGGGCACUGGGAAGAAAAGGUCAGUGUCCAAACUGCCACUCAGCUCUGCAUUCUCUAAGCAUUGGCCUCUGUUUUGUAUGUUUUCAGAGAGUUCCAAACUUUGGUUUCUAUAAAUCAGGUUUCUAAGUGAGGUUCCUGAUGUGCCAGGAGGACAUCAUUUCAUGUCUGCCACGAGAUGCAGAGUCCCAUCAGCAGGCAGUGCAGUCCAGCCAGGCUUCUUGUCGCUUGUGUUUAGAGGAUUGGGGAUUUCGUGUUUAGGUUUCCAUGCUGAUUUGAGUGUGGCAGUCCUGGUUUGGGCCUUGAGGUGAUUGAUGUUUGACUGUUUCAGUUGCAGUUUGUGUGAUUACCAUAAUAAAGUUGGGUUUGGUUUUACAGUCUUGCACAGGGACCAUCUUUGAUCUCCGCCCUGGCACUGUAUAAAGCUCGAUUAUUUUUGUGAAAAGGCUAAGGAUUUGUUGGUGCCUGGUGAUGUACUGUGUAUUCACACGUGGGGUUGAGCAAUGAGAACAAGGCUCUGUAGUGAUGUUGGUAUGGUGAUGACAGACACACUUUUGCAACAACAUUCAAAAAGUACUUUAUAUUUUACAAAGUAGCAUGUUUCAUUUUGAUUAAAAGCUACCAAAGGAAUUUUGAUCAUGUAUAAGUGUUUAAAGCAAUAUUUUCUGGAAUAUACCAAGUUUAUAUAACUCAAUUUUAUGCUAAAUUAUUAAAGGAUUCUCCCUUUUUGAAACAUGCAUGUUAAAAAUAUGACAUCUUUGGGUUCCCGAUUAAAAUCCUUCCUCCUUAAGUAUCAUUUCUAUAUUUGUAAAUUUUCAUUUAUGAGUUCUAUGAUAUGUGGUCUCUGAAAGACCAAAUAGAUUUCUAUUUCUACUUCUUAUAUUUUAAGUUCAUUGUGUCUACAAAUUGUUAAUAUUGUAAUUUAAUGUAGACUUACUUUGAAUAAAACUAGUUUAAUUGGC